UGAACAAAAUCAGAUCGACCCCCCACCUCAUUCCCCCGUCUCGAUCCCUCUGUUUCUUAUGUUCCAUUUCUCAUAAACGACGCCACACAUCGGUUCCUUUCUCCAAUCUAAACCUUAAUAGUUAUCAGCUUCAAAGAAAAACAAACAAAAUUGAAUAAGGGAGUGAUGGUUUCAGCUCCGAAUUCUUUAACAUUCUGUGCGAAAAUCUCUCAAUUCUUUUAAUCGUCAAGCUGUUUGGUGACUGAGAAACGAAAAUUUUGUUAUACGAUGCGUUUUGAUCAGUUGAUUUGAGCUCUGGUCUUAGGCGUAUAAUUGAGAGAUGGCUUGGUUCGGCGGGAAAGUUUCGCUGGGAGGCUUCCCGGAUCUGGCCGGGGCGGUGAAUAAGCUCAGCGAAAGCGUGAAGAAUAUUGAAAAGAAUUUUGAUACUGCGCUUGGGUUUGAGGAGAAGGCUGAGAAGUCUGAGUUCAGCAACAGCGAAGGAUUAUGGCCUGUUAUGUCCUUUAUGGGACAGAGAAGUGAAGAAAGUACCAGUGAAUCACCGGAAAAACCUGAAUCUUUGGAGCAGCCAUUGAGACCUGAAGAAAAAGAAGGGGUUGAGACUGAAAGGUUACUGCCUUCUACUACUGAGCAAACUUCUACUGAAGAAGAAAGGGAUGCACUUAAGACAGUGGAAGAUAAUGAGCGUACAGUGACGGCUGAGAGGGUAGAUAUUGUUACAUCAGACCUUGGUAAAGUUGAAUCUGAAUCACUAACAAUGCCUGUUGGACCUCCUGACUCAACUAUUCAAAAUGUUGAGUCAUCAGAUUCUGUUGACAAUUUGCAACAGAAAGAGACUUCGGGCAUAGCACCUUCUGAAGAAUCUGUGGAAGCCAACUCAGAACCUGUUGAAGCAGACCAAGCUAAGGGUGGUACUAUUAUUCUACCUGAUGAAUCAGACAAUGUUGUUGAUCCACAUGAAAGCAAGGAUGAGGAGAAGAAAGAAGAAAGCAAAGAUGAAGAGAAGAAAGAAGAAUGCAAGGAUGAGGAGAAGAAAGAAGAAAGCAAGGAUGAGGAUAAGAAAGAAGAAAGCAAGGGUGGAGAGAAGACACAAGCAGAAGAGAUUGUAGAGAAAAGUUUGCCAGUUGAGGCUGAGGCAUCAAGUGCUGUCCAAGCUGAAGGGACCAAGCCUUCUGAUUCCCAUUCUGCCAGUGUUGAAGAGACUGAUAGUGCUUGUGGAUUAUCUUUGCCCAGUUCCCCUCCUUCAGAUGAAGCUCCUGAGAUGGUUUCUGCAUCAAAUUCUCCUCAAAAAGGUGCAGAAUUCAAAGCAGUUGAAGUGGAUCAGCAAGCCAAUGUUAAUGAGAUUGACACUAGAGAGCAACAGUUGAGCUCAGAAGUAAAUGUGCCUGUCUCAGAAGAAUCUGUUCUUGAACUUGGGAAGCUAAAGAUGGAAAUGAAAAUGAUGGAAACUGCAUUGCAGGGUGCUGCAAGGCAAGCUCAGGCAAAGGCAGAUGAGAUUGCCAAGAUGAUGAAUGAAAAUGAGCACCUAAAAGCUGUGAUUGAGGACUUGAAGAGGAAAUCAAAUGACGCUGAAAUUGAGACUUUACGAGAAGAAUACCAUCAAAGGGUUGGAACUCUUGAAAGGAGGGUUUAUGCUCUUACUAAGGAAAGGGACACACUUCGGAGAGAGCAGAACAAAAAAAGUGAUGCAGCUGCUCUUUUGAAGGAAAAAGAUGAAAUAAUUAAUCAAGUUAUGGCUGAAGGUGAAGAACUUUCAAAAAAGCAGGCUGCUCAAGAAGCUCAGAUUAGGAAAUUAAGGGCCCAGAUUAGAGAGCUUGAAGAAGAGAAGAAAGGUUUGGCUACCAAGCUUCAGGUUGAAGAGAACAAAGUAGAGAGCAUAAAAAAGGAUAAGACAGCGACAGAGAAGUUGCUGCAAGAAACAAUAGAGAAACACCAAGUAGAACUUGCAACACAAAAACAAUACUACACAAAUGCUUUGAAUGCAGCCAAGGAGGCUGAAGAAUUAGCAGAGGCACGUGCCAACAAUGAAGCUAGAACUGAAUUAGAGAGCCGUCUUAGAGAGGCUGAGGAACGUGAAGCUAUGCUUGUUCAGGCACUUGAAGAAUUAAGACAAACAUUAAGUAGAAAGGAGCAACAGGCAGUUUUUAGGGAAGACAUGCUUCGCAGGGACAUUGAAGAUCUUCAAAAACGUUAUCAGGCUAGUGAACGCCGGUGUGAGGAGUUGAUCACACAAGUUCCUGAAUCAACAAGGCCUCUUUUAAGGCAGAUAGAAGCCAUACAGGAAACAACUGCAAGAAGAGCAGAAGCUUGGGCUGCUGUUGAGAGGUCCCUUAACUCGCGGCUACAGGAAGCUGAGGCCAAAGCUGCAGCUGCAGAAGAAAGAGAGCGAUCUGUCAAUGAACGCUUAUCACAAACCUUAUCCAGAAUAAAUGUUCUUGAAGCUCAGAUUUCUUGCCUCAGAGCUGAACAGACCCAGUUAAGUAAGUCCCUUGAAAAGGAGAGACAAAGAGCUGCCGAGAAUAGGCAGGAGUACCUUGCAGCGAAGGAGGAAGCUGACACUCAAGCAGGCCGUGCAAGCCAGCUUGAAGAAGAAAUUAAAGAACUCAGGCGGAAACAUAAGCAAGAGUUACAAGAUGCACUUAUGCACAGGGAACUUUUGCAGCAGGAAAUAGACAGGGAGAAGGCUGCUCGGUUAGACUUGGAAAGGAGAGCAUCUGCUCACUCCACUGCUGUACCUGAUCAAACUCCCUUAUCAAGGCACAAUUCUGCUUUUGAGAAUGGAAGCUUGUCUCGGAAACUGUCAAGUGCUAGCAGCCUAGGCAGCAUGGAAGAAAGUCAUUUUCUGCAAGCUUCUUUGGACUCAUCUGAUAGUUUAUCUGAAAAGAGAAAUCCUAUAGAAGCAACAAUGAACCCAUACUUUAUGAAGAGCAUGACACCUAGUGCUUUUGAAUCUAGUCUUCGUCAGAAAGAGGGGGAACUUGCAUCAUAUAUGUCUCGUUUGGCAUCAAUGGAGUCUAUUCGGGACUCUCUUGCUGAAGAGUUGGUCAAAAUGACUGGACAGUGUGAAAAGUUGCGAGCAGAAGCUGCCAUGUUACCUGGCAUACGGGCAGAACUAGAUGCACUAAGACGGAGGCACGCUGCUGCACUGGAGCUAAUGGGUGAGCGUGAUGAGGAGCUGGAGGAACUCCGUGCCGAUAUUAUAGACUUGAAAGAAAUGUACAGAGAGCAAGUAAACUUGCUUGUGAAUAAGAUCCAAGUAAUGAGCUCAUCAAUGGGUAACGCCUGAAAAAUCAAACUCAAGUUUACAGUAUUUUCAUACAAGAUUUUUGAUUGAUGUUCUCAAUAUAGUUUCAUAGUCUACUCAGUAAGUAAAUGCAAUUCGUGAUUGUUCAAAAAUUCCCAUUUCCCCUUUCCAUAUUCAUUCACAUUCAAGGUGUGUCUUAUGUGCAAUUUUUUACCAGCAGAUAUUAUUCAGAGAACACGCCUUGACAAAACUCUGUAUUGUAUUUUAGAGGAAUUUGAUGUAUAGCUGAAUGUUAACGUUGUGUUUCCUUUUAUAGCUUUCUGAUUGAUUUGAUCUUCAUAAAUAAUAGUGGAUCUUUUAUUUUUCU